CUGAGAUGAGCGGCAGUAGACGCGCGCGGGCAGCAGCUGCCGUCGCAGCGGCAAUAAUAACAGCCACCCUCGGCGCGCGCCUCUGAGAAAGAAAGAGACCGAGCGCGAGCCCCUUCAGAACGUUGGGAGAGCAGCCGCAGCGCGCGCCUCAGGACUUUUGAAAAACCACCAGGAGCCUGUGGAGCAAUUGUGCAUCCUUUACACUGACAACAUCUUACAGGAUAAUCACGCUUUCUGUUUCUAAAGUUCUUGCACCAGGACGCUGGGAAACUUCUCCACCUUGUUCUGGGAUAUGAAGCCCCUUUAACUGUGAUUUCUGCACCAGAAACAAAGGGAUAUUUGCAACAAAGGACACACUCUUUCCUUGCAUGCUACAUUGGAAACAAGUGGAUUAUGCUCUUACUUUCACCACGAACACUCUAGCCUUUUCAUACUCCUUUGCAGUUCUUUGCAGUGAGACAUUGUCUUCUAUGCAUUUUGCUGUGCCACAAAUAUUUGCUUAAAAACAGACAUUUUCACAAGAAUUUGUGAGACAUCUUCUUGUGGGCUAACAUUAACCAGGAGUUUGCUGUUUAGCCCUUGGGCAGAUAAAUAUUACAACUUUCAUUUGGAUCUAUAGUUGCUUAUGGGAACAGAACGCUGACCUAUUUGCCUGAUAAAUGGGAAUCUUUGGACUAAUCAUCUAUGAAAUACUAGCCUGCAAAAUCAUGGGGUAUCAUCCUUACUCCACCUUUGGCUGUACUUGUGGAAAAUAUACCUAACAGCUAUUGAUGUCUAGAUACCACGUUGCAGCAAAGAGUUGUGCAUCAAUGCUAGACAUGAAGCUUUCUCUUGAGAGACAGCAUCUGGUAACACUGUUGGCAUCUGUGCCCUCUUGAGUGGUGGUCUUCCUCUUACUGCUUAGCCCUUCAGUCAACUCUUGGUUAAAGUAAUUAUUUUUUUUCCUUCCACAUCUGUUGCCAAGAUGGCUUCUGUACGGUUCAUGGUAACCCCCACUAAAAUUGAUGAUAUCCCGGGCCUGUCUGACACCAGCCCGGACCUCAGUUCUCGCUCCAGCUCCCGUGUCCGCUUCAGCUCCCGUGAAAGUGUCCCUGAAACAAGCCGCAGUGAGGGUGCCAGUGACUUUUCUAGAGCAACCACGUCGCUGGCUACUGAAGCAGCUGAGCCCCCUAAUGAGAAGACUACCAAUCCCCACACAGAUGUGGCUGAAGAUGUGAGUCAAACUUCCAUCACAGGGGAACAGUAUCAGCUCCUAGAUCCUGGGCACAAGAAGGAUCCCCAUAUCUAUCUCAACAACACCAACUAUGAAGAUGGUGAUGAAUUCUUUGACAAGAAUUUGGCACUCUUUGAGGAGGAGAUGGACACCCGGCCCAAGGUAUCCUCCUUGCUCAACCGCAUGGCUAACUACACCAACCUGACACAGGGAGCCCGCGAGCAUGAGGAGGCCGAGAACGUCCCUCCAGGCAAGAAAAAACCCACCAAGACUCCACAAAUGGGCACAUUCAUGGGAGUCUACCUGCCUUGCCUGCAGAACAUCUUUGGAGUUAUUCUCUUCCUGCGUCUCACCUGGGUGGUGGGUAUGGCUGGUGUGUUGCAAGCCUUUGCCAUUGUCCUCAUCUGCUGCUGCUGUACUCUGCUAACAGCCAUCUCCAUGAGUGCCAUUGCCACCAAUGGGGUUGUGCCUGCUGGAGGCUCAUACUUCAUGAUCUCACGAGCACUGGGUCCUGAGUUUGGAGGAGCUGUGGGACUCUGCUUCUACCUGGGCACCACCUUUGCUGCUGCAAUGUACAUACUGGGAGCCAUUGAAAUAUUCCUGAUGUACAUCACCCCCAAGGCGGCCAUCUUUCACAGUGAGGAUCCUCUGAAGGAACCAGCAGCCAUGCUGAACAACAUGCGGGUGUAUGGCUCAGCCUUCCUGCUGCUGAUGGUGCUAGUGGUGUUUGUGGGAGUGCGUUACGUGAACAAGUUCGCCUCUCUCUUUCUCGCCUGUGUCAUUGUAUCCAUCCUGGCCAUCUACGCUGGUGCCAUCAAGUCCUCCUUUGCACCUCCCAGUUUCCCUGUGUGCAUGUUGGGAAACCGCUCCCUCUCCCGACACAAUAUGGAUGUUUGCGCCAAGACACAGGACCGUGACAACCUCACCGAGCCCACUUACCUCUGGAAGGUCUUUUGCAACAACAGCCUGUACCUCAAUGCCUCUUGUGAUGAAUAUUUUCAACACAACAAUGUCACGACUAUCAAGGGCAUCCCAGGGCUGGCAAGUGGCAUUAUUGCUGAGAAUCUUUGGAGCACUUACCUGAUGAAAGGAGAGAUAAUUGAGAAGCCUUCAUUGCAUUCGGCUGAUGUGGUGGGAGCCCUGAACCAGCAGUAUGUGCUGGCCGACAUCACUACUUCCUUCACCCUUCUUGUGGGCAUCUUUUUCCCCUCAGUUACUGGGAUCAUGGCUGGAUCAAAUCGUUCUGGGGACCUGAAGGAUGCCCAGAAAUCUAUCCCCAUUGGUACCAUCCUGGCCAUUCUCACCACCUCCUUUGUGUAUCUUAGCAACGUGGUACUGUUUGGAGCCUGCAUUGAUGGUGUCGUGCUCAGAGACAAGUUUGGUGACACAGUGCAGAAGAACCUGGUGGUUGGGACGCUCUCAUGGCCUUCUCCUUGGGUCAUUGUCUUUGGCUCGUUCUUCUCCACAUGUGGGGCUGGGCUACAGAGCCUCACUGGGGCACCCCGAUUGUUGCAAGCCAUAGCCAAGGACAACAUAAUACCCUUCUUGAGGGUAUUUGGUCAUGGAAAAGCCAAUGGGGAACCCACUUGGGCCUUACUCCUGACAGCUGGCAUCGCAGAAUUAGGGAUCCUUAUUGCCUCCUUGGACAUGGUUGCCCCCAUCCUCUCCAUGUUCUUUUUGAUGUGUUACCUCUUUGUCAACCUAGCCUGCGCCUUACAAACUCUACUUCGCACCCCCAACUGGAGACCACGCUUCCGGUACUACCACUGGGCACUUUCCUUCAUGGGCAUGAGUAUCUGCUUGGCGCUCAUGUUCAUCUCCUCUUGGUAUUAUGCUAUCAUUGCCAUGGUGAUUGCUGGAAUGAUCUACAAGUACAUUGAAUACCACGGAGCCGAGAAGGAGUGGGGGGACGGCAUCCGGGGCUUGUCCCUUAGCGCGGCCCGCUUCGCCCUACUGCGCCUCGAAGAGGGACCACCCCACACCAAGAACUGGAGGCCACAACUGCUGGUGCUGCUAAAGCUGGAUGAAGACCUUCAUGUCAAGCAUGUGCAUUUGCUCACCUUUGCCUCCCAGCUGAAGGCCGGCAAGGGCCUCACUAUUGUCGGUUCCGUCAUGGUGGGCAACUUCUUGGAGAGUUACAGUGAAGUGCUGGCUGCUGAGCAGACCAUCAAACAUCUGAUGGAGGAGGAGCGAGUGAAAGGCUUCUGCCAGAUUGUGGUGGCUGCCAAGGUGCGCGAGGGCAUCUCCCACCUCAUUCAGUCAUGCGGGCUGGGUGGUAUGAAGCACAACACGGUGGUGAUGAGCUGGCCUAGUGCCUGGCGCCAGAGCGAAGAUGCCCGUGCUUGGAAGACUUUCAUUGGCACGGUCCGAGUGACCACAGCUGCCCACCUAGCCUUGCUUGUUGCAAAGAACGUGGCCUUUUACCCCAGCAACAUGGAACCCUUCACGGAGGGCAAUAUUGAUGUCUGGUGGAUCGUGCAUGAUGGCGGGAUGCUUAUGCUACUCCCAUUCCUUCUCAAGCAGCACAAGGUGUGGCGUAAAUGCAAUAUUCGCAUCUUCACGGUAGCCCAGCUGGAGGACAACAGCAUCCAGAUGAAGAAGGACCUGGCAACAUUUCUCUACCACUUGCGCAUUGAGGCAGAAGUGGAAGUGGUAGAAAUGCAUGACAGCGACAUCUCUGCCUACACGUAUGAGCGCACCCUGAUGAUGGAGCAGCGCUCCCAGAUGUUGCGACAGAUGCGCCUCUCUAAGACGGAACGGGACCGAGAGGCUCAGCUGGUGAAGGACAGAAACUCUAUGCUGCGGCUGACCAGCAUCGGCUCGGAUGAUGACGAAGAGACGGAGACUUAUCAGGAGAAGGUGCACAUGACGUGGACCAAGGACAAGUACUUGGCAUCCCGCGGGCACAAGCCAAAGACACUGGAGGGCUUCCAGGACCUGCUCAACAUGCGGCCGGACCAGUCCAACGUGCGUCGCAUGCACACAGCUGUCAAGCUGAAUGAGGUCAUUGUCAACAAAUCCCAUGAGGCCAAGCUGGUGUUGCUCAACAUGCCAGGCCCACCACGUAACCCAGAGGGAGAUGAGAACUAUAUGGAGUUCCUGGAGGUCCUGACUGAGGGGCUGGAGCGUGUGCUGCUUGUGCGGGGUGGUGGCAGUGAGGUCAUCACCAUCUACUCCUAGGGGAGCCGGGAGGGCUCCCUCCUGACAAACACUGUUUUGUCAAAUGGACACCUGCUUCCUGCCUGUCAACAGCUGCUCCUUGACCUCUGGAGGAGAGCAGCUACCAGUGCCACGCCGCCUUUACUUUCUCUUCCCUGUGACAGUUCAGGGUCUCUGGAUGAGCUUUCCCUUUUUUGGAGGAUGCAGGGCUGAAAUCUCCCCCCACCAGCCCGUAGUGGUGCUCGCUAGAAACCACACAAGCUUGCCCAAGGGGAAACAAGAUUUAUUGAGGUGGGGGAUGGCUGUUUCUCCCUCCGCUUCCCUGCCCUUGCAGUGUAGGGGCACUGAAGCAAGUGCUAUUUACAAGAUGUCAAAAGGAGCAAAAAAAAAAAAAAAAAUCAGGGAUGUUUCAACCUUAGUUGCUGCUGCUGCCCUCUGCUGGACAUGAAAGAAUGGAGCAACAGGUUGCUUCAGCUGGGACACGGUGGCUUGGGAGCAGCUGGAGAGACCAUUACAUGUUGGAGUGCUGAUCAGUGGAUCGAGGAGAGGAAGAGUACUGCUGGGAGGGAGGGAAAUGCAGCUCACAUUGUGCCAUUCUCUUCUAGUCAGUGCCCAUGUCUUUCUGCUUUCUUUCCCUUUGAAACUAGGGGGCAUUUGGAAAGACGGAGCUGACUUCAGUAGUAACUGUCCUCUACCCUGGCCCCUUGUGGGAUUCAUAGAUUCCCCAUUCAGUGUUUGCCAAGGCCUGGGGCAGAGUGUCUGAGGAAUGAGCACAGCUCUCCUCCUACUUCUCUCUGUGGCUCUUGUCUGGGCAAGGUGGUGACUGCUUUCCCCAGUCUUUGGCUGUAGAUGUUCUGCUACUUGCUAUAUUGAUGACAGUAUAGCUUGGCUCUGCUUGGCACUGACAGAUGGAAGCAGAAAAAGGCUGUGGUAGCUGAUGGUUAUGAGCAGGCAGAGGAGGAGCAGGAGCAAGCAUCUCUCCUUCAUCCAGGAAGGGAGAGCGAACAGCAAUAUUUCCCCUUCUGACUUCUUAUCACAUAUACCCUCUUUCCUUCUGUGGUCUUGUGUCCCCAAAUAGCUACCACUUUGCCUCCCCCAAGCUUGCAUAGGAGAUACUACAUCCACUCUGUCUAUGCCAAACAGUCAAGACUGCUCCCUCUUUUGGAGCAGGUGCGUCACUUGUGAGGACCCACAACGUGCCGUUCUGUGUUGAGAAGCAAGCCCUUCUCACCCUCCAAAAGCAAGCAUGGGAAACUAUUCUGUGUUCUACCUAAGUUCAAUGACGGAUAUCUAAUUCUCCUCUUCCAUGUCCCCCUUGCUCAAGAGAUAGUAUGCAGAGACCACUCCCCUCGGAGUAGCCUUAACGCAGACCACUCUCCGGCCUCUAUUCCCAUUUUAUUUUUAAAGGGAAUUUCAAGCGGCAGUUUCUCAUCUCUUUAUUUUGAGGGUAACUUUAAUUUAUUGGGGGGUGACCUUGUUUACAUAGCAUCAAGUUUGGGGGUGUGAUUUUUUUUUGCUUCCUGAAUUAUGUAAAGAAUAAACUUUUUAUAUAUUAA